AUGCAAGGCACCUUUGGAUAUGCUGAGUCCCAGUUCCUUCGCAUGUAUCAGCAGACCAGUCUGAUACAAAACAGCGGGUUCACUGGCAAGAAGGUGAGGGUGACAAAAGUUGAGAUUGUUUGCGGCGAAUAUGUGCGAAGAGCCUUCUGGGACCAUGUCACCAAGAAAUUCAAACAAUGGACAAGUGUAUGGCAAAGGCAUCUAUUUGGCUGUGAAGCAGGCCUUUCCAUGAUUCAGUGUAUGAAAACCAGCUCGAAUCAGCUCAUUUUGGCACACAUCAACUCUGAUGAAGCAAAAGCCCAGCGGCAACAGGACGAUGGCGGGGCAGUGGUGGUGUCCAAUGAGAAGCAUGUCUAUUCGAAGUUCAUCGUGCACUUUGAGCACGGUUGA